GGCCGGCGCCCAUUGUCGGCAUCGGCAAGGAACAGGAUCCUUCGGCAUCCUACAUGCAAGCGCACACUGAUGGAAACUAUGCUUUGGCAUGCUGCAACGUUCUUAGGGAUGACGAGGCGUCCUUUAGCAUGCCGCACCGUCCUGUAGCUUGCCGAAGCGUCUCAAUAUCGUAUUUCUCGUCAAAACAGUUUCAGAGUUGUUACAAGCUAGUUGUGUGAGUUGUAUUUAAUAUGGUGGACUGGGAUCUAGUGCUCAUAGCAGCUCUUGCUGAAGAAGAAGAGAAAUCUAAUCAAUCAAGAAGAUUUUGGGUGAACAACCUUUGGAAGCAACGAUAUACGUCCGGUGAAUUCAACAAUUUAUUCAAUGAUUUGCGUUAUGACGUGCGAAAAUUUUAUGACUACUAUAGAAUGAGUUAUGAAAAUUUUGAAAGUCUGGUUCAUUUGCUUCGACCUUUCAUGGAGAAAAAACAAUCAAAUUUUCGCACACCUAUAUCUGUUGAAGAAAGAUUGUCUGUGUGCUUGAGGUUUUUAAUCACAGGAGUCAGUUUCAAAACUUUAGCAUUCAAUUACCGAAUGGGAUUUAGUACAGUUCGUUGUAUAGUCCAUGAAACCUGCCGUGUAAUCUGGAAUAUUCUUGGCCGUAUCGUUCUGCCAAAACCAACAACAGCACAAUGGAAGAUAAUUGCUAAAGACUUUGAUGAAAUAUGGAAUUUUCCAAAUUGUAUUGGUGCCAUAGAUGGCAAGCACUUCAAGAUACGAGCUCCAAAUAAUAGUGGAAGUAUGUAUUUUAAUUAUAAAAAAUUUUUUAGUAUCGUUCUGUUGGCUGUAGCAGAUGCUAAAUACAGAUUUGUCAUUGUCGAUGUAGGUGCUUAUGGUAGAAAUAGCGACGGUGGUAUAUUAGAUCAUUCAAAAUUGGGUUUAAAAUUGCAAAACGACACCUUAAAUAUUCCUCAAAAUGUGAGCUUACGAGGAAUAACUGAAGAAUUACCCUAUGUUUUUGUUGCUGAUGAAGCAUUUCCACUAACGAAAAAUAUAAUGAGACCGUACCCUGCGAAUCAAUUGGCAAAUAUAGAGAAAAGAGUUUUUAAUUACAGACUAAGUCGAGCAAGGCGUAUUGUGGAGAGUGCUUUUGGCAUUCUUCAAUCAAGGUUUGAAAUAUUUCAGAGGAGAAUGCAAGUACAAGCAAAAUAUAUAGAUAACAUCAUUUUAGCCUGCUGUUCUUUACAUAAUUACAUCAUUAACAAUGCAACGACGGAACUUCCAAACCCACUACAGGAAAGUGACAUUUUAGAAAGUUCCGUGGAUAACAAUGUAGUUGGCGAUACCGAUAUUAUCAUGUGCGAGGGUAUGGUCAUUAGAGAUCAAUUUAAACAAUAUUUUAACUCUGAACAUGGGUCAGUUAGUUGGCAGAAUAAUAUUGUCAAUAGAUCAUAAAAUACCAACGAUCUAUAAGUCAAUGUAAUUAAUUAUAUAUUAUAUAUACUUAUACUUAUUAUAACUCAAUAAAAAAUACAAUGUUUAUGAUGCUUACUUACGUGUUUUAUUGAAUUCUUUGGCGAUUUGCUCCCACGCAUUAUUUUUCAUGUGUUGGUCACUGUAGUGACGCGAUUUUAUAUUGUAUAAACACUCGUGUAGACGAACUAAAUUAAUUAGCUUUUCUUCCGCCAUCGUUGUUACAAGAAAAUUCGUUGUUACAGCAAACAACCGAUACACGCAGUGGUUACCUCGAUUGUGUUGUGUGUGAGUCAAAUGAUUCAAAUGGCGGAUGCCUCCCCUCGCCCCGCAGGGCAAGCUAUCCCCGAGUGGUGCCUCGGCGCCGGCGGGUACCGAAGGAUGCCGAAGGAUGCCGAAGCAUCCCGAAGCAUUCUUAAGGCUGCCGAUACAGCAGCCUCAAGCAUACCGAAGCGGUAUUUUUGUUAUUACGACCAUAUAUAAUGGAAAUUUCUACUUUAUUGUCAUUAUGUUAAUGUAUAUUGCUAUUUGCCACCUAAAAUCCUCAGUCGUGCCGAUGCCGACAAUGGGCGCCGGCCC